UCCUCUUGGCUCUCCCAUGGAGGAGGCGGCGCUCACUGCAGUCCCGGAUGCACGAACUUCCCGCGGGACGUCGCCGGAGGCGGUGGCCGUGUGCGCGCAGAAGCGAGCCGCCUGCGUGGGGGUGUGAGCGGGCACCUGGGUCGGGUCCCGGAGGGAGCCGCGUCGCCCGCCGGCCUGCGACUGCCCUAAGGUAGCUACUUCCUGUAAGCAAGCUCCAGGGCUGAGCUGAGGCCAGUCUCGGCCGUCAGAGGUCGGAGAGAGGCCCCCGGGGCGACUUCUUUUUUCGCGUGUUCGGAGGUGGACGCAGCUUCCCUAGUGAUCCGCAGUGAGAAGUCCAUGGGUGGAACUACUCUGCCAUGGUUGAAUACUUUACAUGGGAAUAAAGGAUAGCAUUUCCAAGAAAAUGAGAAUGAAUAAAUCAUCUCUACUUUUAAAAAGAAAGACCACAUUAAACUUACAUAUCAUUUAGAUUUGAAGACUAAAUCACCCUGCCUCCAGUACAAGCAGUUUCUCUGUUCUGUGAUCAAUGUCACUCACAGGAACUUAAGUAACAAACGAAAUGAGCCUGGGGCGUGGAAAAUAUGACUUUUACAUUGGUCUGGGAUUGGCUAUGACCUCCAGCAUUUUCAUUGGAGGGAGUUUCAUUUUGAAAAAAAAAGGCCUUCUGCGACUUGCCAGAAAAGGCUCCAUGAGAGCAGGUCAAGGUGGCCAUGCAUAUCUUAAAGAAUGGUUGUGGUGGGCUGGACUGCUGUCAAUGGGAGCUGGUGAAGUGGCCAACUUUGCUGCAUAUGCAUUUGCUCCGGCCACACUGGUGACUCCACUAGGCGCUCUCAGCGUCCUUGUAAGUGCCAUUCUGUCAUCAUACUUCCUAAAUGAAAGACUUAAUCUUCAUGGGAAAAUUGGGUGUUUGCUAAGUAUUCUAGGGUCUACAGUUAUGGUCAUUCAUGCUCCAAAGGAAGAGGAGAUUGAGACCUUAACUGAAAUGUCACAUAAGUUAGGUGAUCCAGGUUUUGUGGUCUUUGCAACAUUUGUGGUCAUUGUGGCCUUGAUAUUCAUCUUUGUGGUGGGACCUCGACAUGGACAAACAAACAUUCUUGUGUAUAUAACAAUCUGCUCUGUGAUUGGAGCAUUUUCAGUCUCUUGUGUGAAGGGUUUGGGCAUCACCAUCAAAGAGUUGUUGGCUGGAAAGCCUGUUCUGCAGCAUCCCCUGGCCUGGAUUCUGCUGCUCAGCCUUGUGGUCUGUGUGAGCACACAAAUCAAUUACCUAAACCGGGCUCUGGACAUUUUCAACACUUCCAUUGUGACUCCAAUAUAUUAUGUGUUCUUUACAACUUCAGUUUUGACUUGUUCAGCUAUUCUUUUUAAAGAAUGGCAAGAUAUGCCUGUUGAUGAUGUCAUUGGGACUCUGAGUGGCUUCUUCACAAUCAUUGUGGGGAUAUUUUUGUUGCAUGCCUUUAAAGAUGUCAGUUUUAGUCUAGCAAGUCUGCCUGUAUCUUUCCGAAAAGACGAAAAAGCAGUGAAUGGCAAUCUUUCUAAUAUGUAUGAAGUUCUUAAUAAUAAUGAAGGUGGUUUACCCUGUGGAAUUGAACACAGUGGUGAAAAUAUCUCCCGUAGAAAUGGAAAUCUGACAUCUUUUUAAGGAUCUGAUUGAAAACUUAACCUAUAAUUCUGUUAUAGUGAUUUUUGAAUAUCAGAAUGUAUCUGAAAAAAAAAUUGUCCUCGAAUAAUGUCCUCUGAAGACAAUCUUUUUUAAGUUUUCACUAAUUUGGAUCAGGAAAUUACUUUUCUUAUAUUUAAACAAUGGUAGCUCACUAAAAUGACCUCAGUAUAUGGAUAAUUUCUAAUAACAUUGUAUUAUUGUAAAAGUAUUUUACAUUUUUAUUCAUUCUCAAGAAAUCUAAAUGCACUAAUGACAAUUUUAAGGCUAUAAAAAUGUUUUAUUUUUUUCAUUCAUGAUGAACAUUAAAAUGUACAUUUGUGAUCCCCAUCCCAUCAAUCCCUCACCAUACUAAGACUUGGAUUAUAAAUACAUGUGUGUGUGAUUCCAAGAAAAUAAUUCUCAGGUGGUGAUUUGUCACCCAGACAUCUGGUUUCCCAUGUGAAUUUGAUGGCCUCAGUACUUCCUGUGUCCAUAGUGACUAGAGCUCUGUGUCAUCUUAUGUGAGCUCUUAGACCUUUCAGUAUCUGUUCACAAUGGACUGUAUUGUCUGUCAGCCCUUUUAACAACUCUGGGAUGUCAAAGAAGAUUCACGUGGUUUCUUAAAUAUUGAAACUCAUGCUUGGAUAAAAUGACAAAUUGGAACAAAGUCCUUAUUCUGAUUCUAAAUGCUUAGAUUUAAAAUGUUUGUAAAAAUGGUCUUUUUUAAUUUUUCUUAAGAGUUUAAACCUUACACAUUUUGGUUAGAAACUGUUAAGAAUGUUCAUAAAAAAAUGAGAACAAGUACAAAAAAAGUAGGUUGGUGUAAGGAGCACGCUCCAGCUUCAGACCUGCCUACUUCUUAGUCAUGCAUUGGCCAAACAAACAAACAAAAAUCACCCUCCCUCUCCAGCCUUCCCCCACUGACAGGAAGAACUCAAGUUUGGGCCUGUGCUUGUUUUCUGUUCCUCCCCAUGAUUGCGUAGUGGCUUAGUACCAUUUUGUGAAAUCUUUUUUUUUUUUCAGGGGUGGGGUAGAGGGGGUGGGAUAGCUUUGUUUUAUUCUUGCCACUCUGAUGAGCUCUUGCCUUUUUUUCUCUGCUGCCACCCUCUAUGUAACUCCUUUUUGGCCAUACUGGGUGUCAGUCACAGGACCUAGUAUAUUCUAUACAAAUGUUUGACAUUGAGCUCCAUUUCCAGCCUUCCUAUGUAACUCCAAUACCAGAGAUAAUAGUUUUUUCCCCACAGAUACGCUGUAUGUCUGUUUAUGUACUGUAUCUAUGUCUUAUUUUGCACAUGUAAAAAAGCCAAUGUUCAUUCCCUUGGGGAUGAAAAGUUCCCUCAUUGAGAAUGAGUGUGUUGUACAUAAUCUUGUACACAAGGAUUUUAUUUGGGCUAUCACUUGAUAAUAUAGUCAUUAAUUUUUAAAAUCUACACUUCAUAAGGUGAGUACAGAUGCCAUUACGACUUCAUAUCAACAAAAAUAUUUUAGGUAACUUUUUGAUAAUAGGCUUGUUAAAGAUGUAACUCAGGUUUACAGUACAGCAGAAUAGUACCUAUGUUUUAUUUUCUGUGUAAAAUAAAGCUCAAGGCUUUUGGA